AUGCCCGUCUUCCCGUGGAAAAAAAGCACAAAGGGCAAAAACGCCGCCGAUGACGCCGCAGCAACUGCGCAGUCUGUAGAGGCGGAGUCAGAGACGAAGGCGGAGGUGGAGGUGGAGGCGGAGACCAACGCACCACAGACAAGCGCUUCCCGUCGGCCGUCCCUCAAGUCGGGCACGAUAGAAUCCGCCGCCACACAGCAGGCAGCGCAAGGCCCCGCUCCGAAUGUCAGCGUUGCGGUGCCGCCACGUCACGGUUCGCCACCGGUGCGGCACGGACAACACGUGGCGGUGCCACACAACGCCACCAUACCUCCUAACUUAGGCAGCAGGCCGCAAACACCAAGGAGUGGGCAGCUGUCUCCGUCAGGCCAGUCAGGCGCUCUGUCCCCACCGUCGACAGCGAUGCCCCCGAAAAUGCUGCCGAUGAAGGGGCCGCCGCCGCCAGGAAUGAUGAAGAUGAUGAAAGGACCGCCACCGCCGGGAGCCAAGCUCGUCAAGGGGCCUCCGCCACCAGGAAUGAUAAGGAUGAUGAAAGGACCGCCGCCGCCGGGAGCCAAACUCAUCAAGGGGCCUCCGCCACCAGGAAUGAUGAAGAUGAUGCACCCCAGUGCGUUACCACCUCGACAGUCACCGUCCCCACCUUUGCGGGUGUCCCCGCCACGGCCAACUCUGCCCAAGAAGUCACCGCCAGCUACUAGGACGCCGCCACUGUCGUCAUCACCUCCGCUUCCUCCUGUUUCCCCGAAGCAGGUAAUUCCAAUAAGCAAACAGGAAGUCGAAAAAGCUUCGACCCCACAACAUGUAGACGCAAGUGCCAGGCGGUCCGAAUCGCCACAUGAGGGACCGACGGUGAGGACAAAAUCGGAGUCGCCGUUGAAGACGCGGCUGGACGCCCCGCGUAAUGAUGCCGACAGUGAUAGCGAACUUCAGUUUGUCGUAGAGAGCGCGUCCGCUGGUGCUGCGACUCCAGUUCGAAUGGAAAACGAUGGAAAGAGGCCUAGUCGUUCUCCUUCCAAAGCUUCUUCACUUCAGUUUCACGCGGAUGAAUCAGCGGGAUCGGAAUUGUCGUUUGUUCUCCAAGUUGACGAAGCCACAGCUCCACAAAAGAGCCAAACGUCACGGCGGAACUCUGGAGCGCCGUCGAGAGUGGGGGACUGCUCUUUGAACAACGGCGCAGAUAGAAUGAAUGGCACAUCCAAGGCUGGAGUGAAUGUGGUAGAGCAGACGGGUUCAGGGCAUGUUCAGGCCCCUCGCGUGGCAUCUAGCACGACCUCCUCGGCAGAAAGAAGACGGGAAACCCCCAAAGGGCAACGCUUGAAAAAAGAGCUCAUCGACUCCGAGGAAAGCACGUCCAUCUCUCCUCUUGCUCUUGAAAAUACCGAGAAACGACCUGGAGCUGAUGUUGCUGUCAAUUCGCCGAAGGAUACGGGAGGUGAGGGGGAUGAGGAGUGCAUGAUGGCACCCGUGUCGGAAUCAAAGCUUACCCCAAGUGUGCGAAACCGUAUUGCAGAGCAAUUUCUCUCACUUCUUUGCCCUCAGCAAUUUUACGGGAAAGUUGUUAAACUGCAUCGUAUUCGGCUCGUCAAGGCAGGUCAUGAACCUGCACCUGGCAUUAAGGAGCAUAAUACCAUUUAUGUCGCAACAAAGGGGGUUUUGCCCAAUCAGUUCUUUUACCCACAGAUGCGGCUUUAUGAGGCUGACGGAGUGCCGGUUAGUAGUCAUGAUACUCCUGGACAUUUGGACACACCUAUCGUCCUCUACGAAGCGGCACCGGGUAAUAUGCUGUUCGCCGGUACAGAACUUGAGGCAAAGCAUAUUCUUGAUGGCAAUGCGUCAGCAACGAGUUGCUUUGUAUUGGAAAAAUCUGCGAUCGUCUUUAGAGAUCCGAUGAAGUAUGUGCUUCCAAUAGCUAUGCUGACUGUGCGGUGGAUUCCGUAUGCUGUGGUGCAGUCAGAGCCACAGUGUCCUGUGCAUCACAAAGAACUUCAACUGUUUGAUCGCUACACAAAGGAGCUUCUUUGCGCUUUGUGCGUCUCCAAGAGUGGCGCCCAUGUCUCCCACCUGGUUGUCAUCCCAGAUGUCCUGAGCGGAGACUCCCGCCGUCGAAUUAUGGAGGCGCUGUCGGAAAAACUGCAGCAGGGACGGCAAAACGCCGCACACUGGGUUAAUCAACAUCAGCGAAUUGUGUCUGUUGUGAAACACAAAAAAGAUGCUGUGAACCAGCAGUUCGACUUGUUGUUGGCGGCUGUCAACUCCAAAAGAGAAGAGUUUCUUGAGCACUGCGAUGCGGCAUUCGGAUUCGCGUUAGGAGGGGUCGCCAAGGAGAUCCUUAUGGCAGAUGAGAAGGUGCGCUUACUGAAAUCUGCGAUUGAUCACCUACUUACGGAAAGUACAAAACCACUUUACUCGAUGCAAAUUGCAACUGUAGCGAAUGCGUUACAUGCAUCUGAGGAGUUCCCGCGGCCCUUUUCAAUGGAUUCGCUUAAGAUCCCGGCUCUUUCCCGUGAGUUGACGCCUAAUUUAGAAGGUGUGAUGACAGAAUUACAGCUUGUCUCACCGAUGACGCCAAAUCCGAAUGCUCAACGUCCCCACUCUCCAUUCGGUCUCCUGUCCCGCGAAGAACAGCAACAGUGGCGGCAAGAAGAAGAGGAGCGAAGCCAUUUGUCGCGAAAAAGAACGCCACUGAAGCAUUCUUCUCCUAUAAGGAGGGUGAGAUUGGGCCAUGGUUCACGAGAGAGCUCUGGUCGUGUGGGUGGCACUCCCCCUCGCCCUGCGGGUCCAAGUAGAUCACCGCGCCGGCGUUCGAUGCCACUUGUACCCCGAUAUGAGGAGCUGAGGGGCAUACCAGAUGAAGGUGAGGUGCUACCCCGAUCACAGCAACAUAGCCAAUGGGUGGCCGUACCGGGGUGCCGCGGAACAUGCAUAUUUGAUGUUCCUAUCCAUGAAUUGCUAGCCAAUGAUGAUGACAUGAAGAACCAUCGAGCAAGACCCAAGUUUCUGCAAUGGGUGCUGCGGGUGGAAGAUCCAGGGGAUUGGGUGGGUGUUGGUGUCGGUGUGGGAGGCAGCCUUGAGGCUUGGGCUGUGAGCCGCACGCCUGAUCUCAGUCACCUCUGGGUGGUGACUUGUGGUGACAGCAGACACACCUUCACCCUCCGUGUGACAGUGAACCCUAGUGUGGGUCACGCAAAGCUGUCAAUUCACGACGGAAAGGGAAAGCAGCUUGAUGACGGACGCAUACCGCAGUGGAAUGCAACACGAAGCUGCUACCCACAGGUUACAUUUGGUGGUCGAAUUGGUGAAGUUCAUCUCAUUGAUGGUCCUCAUAUGAUGUCGAAGUGA